AUGUUCACGGCCGCCGUGGCGCGACGAGUGUUGGCUUCAGCGAGCGUGCUGUUGUUGGCUACCCGUACCAUGGCUUCGACCGCUGCUGAAGCCGCUCGGCCUGUACCGACUUACCUGCUCACCGGCUAUCUCGGCGCGGGCAAAACAACACUACUCAACAGACUGCUUCGAGAAUCCAAUACCCGCUUCGCCGUGAUUGAGAACGAAUAUGCCAUGGAGUUUGCCAUUGAAAAUGAACUCCCGACUCAACCCCAGCCGGGGAGCUCCUCGUCUGGUGCUGUCAAAGUCUACGAGUUUGGGGACGGCUGUGUCUGCUGCUCGGCAAGCGAGGAGUUUGAGCUUGCGCUCGAGGAUGUUUUGGAGCGACGAGAUGAGCUAAAGUACGAGGCUAUUGUCAUUGAGACAACGGGUCGGGCCCUGGCUGGUCCAGUAACACGCAUUCUGCAGAGCCCGACCUUUGCGCCGCGCCUGGACCUCAGCGGGGUGAUUACGGUCGUGGACGCCGUGCAUGCUGUGCGGUACCUCGAUCCGGCCAACCCUGCUGUGGAGUUUAAGGAGCAAAUUCAUUUUGCCGAUACCAUCCUGCUCAACAAAAUGGAUCGAGCAAGCUCCGAUAAUGUGACCCAGCUGGAGCAAGCCAUCGCCACGUUGAACACGCAUUGCCAAGUCUAUCACACCAGCUACUGUGAUGUGGAUGUCCAACAAUUGCUGCGGUCCACUCGAGGCGCCAACCAAGCAGCCGGCCCGGAAGAUGACGAACUCUUGGCAUUGCAGCACGACCGCUCCAUUUCUACCACGGGAGCCAACCUGGACAAGCCAUUACCAUCACGCGCGCGCUUUGAAAAAUGGCUCCAGGAGGUUGUGACUGAGCAUCACAAUGAUUUGGCUCGUUACAAGGGCGUCAUUGUGACACGCACAGACCCCGCGCAUGUUGCGCCCAACACGCGCGGAGAUUUGGCAGUGUGGACCCUACAAGGUGUGCACGAACACUGGGAGCUGCAGCCUCGUGCCUUGGCACCUGACGAGCCACUGCCCAUGACGCGCCUGGCCUUUAUCGGUCCCAACAUGGAUCGCCAUGUCAUUCGGCGCCGUUUUUAUGAGAGCUUUGAUCCCAGCGAGUAG